CGCUUCUACAACAGACUGCAGGUUUUCAGAAUAAGAAGAAAGUGAAGAGAAGGGAAGAGAGGAGACUUGUUGCAGACGCAUUGCAUCAGAUAUGGAGUUGUUGAGCGCUGAAGAGAGAAUGACUAAGCAGUUUCCGGUAGGAAUGAGGGUCCUUGCCGUAGAUGACAAUCCAACCUACCUUGAGAAACUAAGAGACUUGAUGCUUCUCUGCAAAUAUCAUGUGACAACGACAACAGAGUCGAAGAAAGCUCUAGAAAUGCUGAGAGACAAGAGAAACAUGUUUGAUCUGGUUAUAGCCGAUGCAGAGAUGCUGGAGACUGAUGGCUUCAAGUUGCUUGAAAUUGGUCUUGACAUGAACCUUCCUGUCAUCAUGAUGUCAUCUCAUAACGACUACGACAGUGUUAUGAAAGGUGUUACACAUGGCGCGUGUGAUUAUCUGGUCAAGCCUGUUGGCCUCAAGGAGCUUCGUAGUAUAUGGCAACAUGUUGUUAAGAAGAACAUUAACAAAUUCGCAAAAAGCAUAGGCCCUUCUGAUUCCCAACUCUCCCAAAGUAUCAGCAACAACCAGAAAGACAAAGUCAGUGACAGUGACAGAGAAAAGAAAGAUGGUGAGGGGAGUGAACACAAUGUCCAAGAGCCAUGUUCCCUGAAGCCUCGUGUCCCUUGGACACCGGAGCUCCACCAGAAGUUUGUCACUGCCGUUGAGCAAUUGGGUAUAGAAAAGGCCGUUCCUAAGAAAAUACUUGAUAUCAUGAAUAUAGAAGGUCUCACGCGUGCAGACGUAGCCAGCCAUUUGCAUGAGAACAGACUAUCCUUGAAAAAGUUGAACGAACAUCAGCAGCAGAACAUGGCUCCAGAUGCAUUUGGACCAAAAGUCGAGAAAGUGGAUCUGUUUCAACCAACUACAACAACUCCACAAGAGCCCCUUCUCUUUCCUAAAAGCAAGAGCUCAGCGUACAGUUGCUAUCAGAUAAACAACAAGCAGCAAGACUACAAGACAGCCAUUAAAAUAUCAGAGCUGACUAAGAAGGAUGAUCCUUCCUGCAAAUUUCCGAUUAUGAUAGAGCCCUUUUCGUACGGUGGGGCUACUCGGAGACACAGGUUCUUCUUCCCAUUGAUGCUAGCUGCCGCCAUUGCACUCUCUACUUUCUUAUGGUUUUUUGUCAGUUUGUGA